GCGUGGAGGCUGCUGGAGGGCGCGGCGUGCUGGGCCCGCGGCGGCGGGGAGGGGCGCGCGCUGGUGUGCCGCGCGCUGCUGGCGCAGCUGUUCGAGGCGGUCGGCGGUUCCUUCGGGGUGCAGCUGCGCGACGCGGCCAGCAGCGCGGCGCAUCCGCUGGCCUCCAACCUGGUGCGGCUGGCGCCCGUGCUGCACGACCUCCUGCUGCCCCCCGCGGCGGCCGGAGAUGCCCCAUCGCCGCCCAGUCUGCCAGAGACGCUGGCGCCGCCGUUCGCGAAGGGCGGCGUAGGGCGCCUGCACCCCUCGACGCUGCGCCUGGCGGUCGGUGCGGGCGGCGCUGCCCAGUCGCCCUCCGUCCAGCGCCGCGGGGAGCCACUGGUGUGGAUGGACCACGUCGUCGCGGACCGGUUCCUACAGCUAUGGGCGGCGCUGCUACUGCGCGAUCCGCUACAGGGCCAGAGCCUCGCCGAGUUCGACUUGGAUCGGUGGUCCACCAGCCGGCAGAAGCCCUUCCCCCUGGACGGCGCCGCCGAGCGCCUUCUGCUGGCGCCGGCGGGGCAGGAGCCGACGUUCGUGCACCUGCUCCACUGGGGGACCAGGUGCCUUCUUUACCAGCCGCCCCUGGAGGGCGACCUUCGCGCCUGGUACCGGGCCGUUGGGGACGACCCCGGCGGAGACGCGUGCCCCGCGGCGCUGGCCGCGGCUGUCUCGACAAGCUACGCCCAGGCCUUCGAGUCGCGACGGCGGACGCUCUGCGCUCUUCGCCACCUCGUGGUCAGCCUGCUGGCCAUCGGCGCCCACAGCGGCUCCGCCCGCGCGCAGGCCGCCCAGGAGAGCAUCGGGAUCGCCACCAUCUGCUUCUGCGUGCACGCCGCAAACUGUGCCGAGGCGAAGCCCGCGCGCGCCGAGCGUGGAGGCGAUCCCGAGGCGCACGCGGCGGCCAAGGGGCUCGUCGGCGAGGCCGCG